AUGAAGGACCCGCGCGCCAGCAAGAGGAGAAGGGUGUCGGACGCACAAGUGGUUGACGAAGAUGGAGAUACCACCAUGGGCGAGGGAGCUCAAGAUGCACCCGCAUCGCCAGAAAUCGAACAGACGAAAGCUGCGUCUCCCGCAGCCGAAGAGCCAGAAACGCCAGCUACAUCGAGGUCAAAGCGGCGGCGAUCUUCGCAGGGCGCCACUGUAACUGGAAAGGAGGAUGAAGUACAAACUACAGAUACACCUACGAGGGGUGGAGUACGAUCAAGUGGACGACAGCGAAAAGCGCCGCAGAGGUACGGAGACGAGGUCGUGAAUACGCCAUCGCGCAGGAGAAAUGCUUCUACCCCAGGCGCGAAUGGGUCAACGACGAGGAGCGCUCGCAGGGCCAAAUAUGUUUCGGAAACCGAGGGCGAUGAGGAAGAGGACGAAGCAGAGGUCGUCGACGAUGACGACGACGACGACGAGGACGAACCGUCUCCGCAACCGAAAAGACGGCCGACACGGACGCGGUCGAAGAAAGCUACGGUUCGGUUCGAGACGGAUAAAGAUGAUGCGUCUAAGAAACGAGACAAGUCGCAGAUGUCUCCUACACCGGAUGAUUAUCAGGAUGGGCUGGAAGACCUCGUGUCCAUGCAGUUACAGCAGGAUCUUGUCAACAAUGACUUGACCAGCACCGAGCAGACCGUUGCCGCCAAUGGGGAGCCGCUUCCAGAAUAUGCUGCGAAGCUCCAAGCGCUUGUGCAAGAAGGUCUGACGGAGGAGCUGCGGUUACUGACAGGAUAUGUUACGCAAAAGCUGAACGGAAAACGACGGGUGCCACUGAAAGGGCUCGAGACUGAGUAUCACAAGGUCAACCAUUUGAUUGAACAAACUGUUGCUGUCGGUGAAGGUAACUCGAUGCUACUUCUCGGAUCUCGUGGAAGCGGGAAAACCGCGAUCGUUGAGACGAUCAUCUCGACGUUGGGAAAGUCGCACAAGAAUGACUUCCACGUUGUCCGUCUUAAUGGCUUCCUGCAUACGGACGACCGAUUGGCGCUCCGCGAAAUGUGGCGUCAGCUUGGCCGUGAGACAAACACUGAAGAUGAAGCUGGCAAGGUUAGCAGCUACGCUGAUACCAUGGCUACACUCCUUGCUCUUCUGUCGCACCCAGAGGAUCUCUACGGUCCGUCCAAUGAAUCAGGUACUGCGACCGCAGCAAAGUCCAUCGUCAUUGUCCUGGACGAGUUUGAUUUGUUCGUCACACACCCUCGCCAAACACUGCUGUACAACUUGUUUGAUAUCGCGCAGGCGCGCAAGGCCCCAAUUGCAGUGAUUGGACUCACCACCAAGGUGGAUGUGACGGAGAUGUUGGAGAAGCGAGUCAAAAGUCGCUUCAGCCACCGCUACGUCUACGUUCCACUGCCACGAUCCCUAGAAACCUUUUCUGACAUCUGCUUCGCCGGACUCAACCUGGAAGACGAGGAAGUCUCGGAACUGCUAGAAUUGGCUGAUGGUGAAGAGCAAGCCAUCCUCCAAUCUGGCAGCUGGAGACGUUUACUGGAAGGAUGGAGAGCUUAUCUGCAGGGCCUAUGGAUCGACGAGGCGUUCGCAUCCCAUCUACAAAGGAUAUACCAUCAAACUAAAUCCGUGAAGGAAUUCUUCACGAGCGCAUUGAUUGGACUGAGCGACCUCUACCACAGCACCCACUCUCUCACUACUACUCCUGAAGGAACAUCUUCCCUGGAGAUACCCACCGCUACCACCUUCACCAGUCACCUUCUAUCCUGCCCGGACCCUGCCCCUCUCCCAUUCUCCGCGUCGACCACCGCCUCCGCAAGUCCCUCAUCCCUCCCGCUCUCGCUCCUCCUCGCAGCGACCCGCCUAGCAGCUCUAUACGAACCCGGCGUCGAGACAACGCAGCUCCAGAGCGCUGCGCCACUGGCGCUCUCCUUCCCCGCAGCGUACGCAGAGUACGUGCGACUGCUGACGACGGCCAAGACAUCAGCCUCAGUGUCCGGAGCCGCGGUCACUCCGGGACGGGUCUGGGGUCGGGACGUGGCGCGCGAGGCAUGGGAGAAGCUCGUCAGCUGGGGGCUGAUCAGCCCCGUCGGCGGGGGCAGUGGCACAGCAGACGGACGGAUGUUCCGGGUGGAAAUCAGCUUCGACGAAGUAGUCGAGAUGGCCGGUACGGGAGGAUCAUUAGGACGGUGGUGGCGGGAUGGCUGA